GAGUAUGGUAGUUUCAAUACUGCCUCUGAUGAUGCACAAGGUAGAAGUAGCAACACGGCUUCAGAUUUGGACCUGUUCUGUGCCGUAUCAAAAGGUCUCUCGUUUACUGCGAGACGCGAGAUGGCUAGGAUAAGAAAACGACAGAAGAACAUUGCUAGAGUGUUGAAUUCUCUGUAUCGCGGGAGAGCACUGUUGGAAGACCACGUGCUGGAACACGGGGAUGAACCGACAUUGCAUCAACUUCCCGGUAAGCAGGUUAUUAAACAAGGUGAUGCAGACGAUGGCCGCGAUACAGAUGCUGAUCACACGAGAACAACUCCUUCAUCUGAUCCGGCGAGUCCUUUGAGUGAUCCAGUCGAGUCCUUUGAGUCUCAAUUACCUGACUGGUACUGUCAGAUUGAGUCGGAUUUGUAUUUUAUACCUGAAAACUUUGAACGCUUCGUAAAACUACGACAUUUCGAUUCCGACACGCCUUUAUACCUUGGUCACGUGUGGAGCACUAUUACGGACAAAGUCUUUGGCCUAGAAAGAACGGGUUUCAGCACUGAGGUGACGCAAGGCCAGUGCGUUAGUAGAGCAGGACUCCGUGUUUUGGCGGAGUUUUACAAGUAUUUCUACGUCGGAAGAAGCGAAAAAUACAAAAUUCUCCUAGCUGAUAUGGAAAACAAGCACCAAGUGUCGAUAAAUCGAAUAUUGACGAGUGAACGUGCAGCCAAACGGGACUUUGGAAUCGAUGCAGUGGAUUUUUUCGCUUCCAGACAUCUUCAAAACAAGGAUGAAAAACCUAACUCCUCAACAUCCUCCACAGGUGUUACUACUACUACUGUAUCUUUUGAUGUCAAGUCCAUUCUCCAAAGCACGGAUCCAUUAGGAGACGAGGAAGCGGCAGUGCUAGGUCCCAGUCUACACUCCCUCUUUGAGCUGUAUCAGAUGCACCAAACGGCGCCUCCACAGUUGGAGGGUGACCUAGCCUUAGCAAGAGAGCUUUUUACCACUGAAGACGGGGUGUUGGAGAGGGAUCUUCUAGGUGGGCAGAACGAGCAAAUAAUGCAAACCAUGUCGAUAUCGACAACCGGUUUUGCUCGCAGCGUAGCAGGAAUGGCCUUGCACAAGCGGAUCAAUUUUUAUCAUGAUAAGGCUUCUUGAAAGUUGAGCGAUCAUGAUCUAGGAGCAUAUUAUCUAUGACCUUAUACGACCAAGGGUAAAAUGUAGGGUACUAGAUCUGCACUCUAGAUCAUCGGUCAACUUCCAACCCCUAAUCAUGGUUUGCGUUUCUUCAGCGUCGCAAGCAGUCUGACAUAUUUGGGCCACAUGGGUAUUGCUGCGGAUGGCAGCGCGAGUCGAAGUAACCGAGUCUCCAUUGACUCGAAUUUUGGGGCAAAACUGGGGUACCAAUGUCUGCCAUUUCAAUCUUUCGUUUGGGAAAGCUACAUGGAUAUGAACUCCAUUUGCUUGCGGGAAGUGGCGCACAUGCACCCAACCAUGUGGACCCAAGCUAUUCAGGUGACGCACGACGCAUUAGCUCGCAUGUUCUGGGCGCGCGAAUUAGACAAAGUAAAGUUGUUCAAACCGAACCCGUUUAAUGAGUUGUCAGCUUUACCGUACGACUAUGGACGGAAGAUUACGGCUGAAUAAACAUGAUGUGACCAAUUAUUUUUACAAGUCAUUGAAUGAUUUUUCACAAGUGCUCCUACUCUCCUUCUAAGUUAAUAGAUUCUGAGAACAAAAUCAAAACAAGCAUAUAAGAAAUGCAUUAUAGGAUUAGCUUCAGCUCAACAUCUAAGAAGACGCACGCGAUGGUCGCCAGUGAGUGGGUCGAAUCCGGUGCACUUGAUAAAGCUCUGUCCAAAAUGGGCGAACAUUUUGACAUACUGUGGGAACAGCGUAACACUUUCUCAAACCGCAUGCCUGCUGUGAAAGUGUGCUGGAAACAUCGUCUACAACGUUUGGUUAGUGCAAUGGCACUGGAGGAAGAAACCGAGAAGAUGGUGUUGCGACGACGAGGGGAGACAUUAGAGGGCACAGCUGCUUCAACAAGUGAGCGGACCAUCGAAAAAGUAGAACAAGUCGCAUCUUCUUCCCUUCUAUCCCGUGCUACAAAGCGACUCUACGACGAAACGUUUUACUAUUCGCCUUUCCCUAUCGCUUUUCACGGUCACCGUGCUGAGACGAAUGAGAAGAUACAGAGGAUGUUUGGUGAGAAGCAGACCUCUGGCGGUGCGACGCGGAUCUAUUUCGAAACAAACGCAUUCUCGAAAAAAGCAAGAGAAGCUCGGGAAAGAGAACGUCGGGAACUCGAAGCUAAACGGCGGAGACGAGAGAGAAGACGAGGUCUGGAGAAUAAAGAAGCGGAGGUUGUAGCGACGUCGGCGUCAUACGCAGUAGAAGUAGCAGCUAGUGUUCAACACGGAGAAGGACAGGUAGAAGAAAAUGGUAGUGGAAAAGAAGAAAAGGAUCAAAGUGCAACCUCUCGUUCGCCUGGAGACCACGAUGCUACGACUAACAGUGCCAAGAAUAUGAGCACGAACACAAGUUCAACUGCCAAAGAUAACCGUGACAAUCAAGAUCGUACGAAACGUAGUCGCUUCACUCUUGCCGACGUGCAUUUAAUUGUCCGUGGUUAUUGUCCUCGACCUAGCUAUUUCGCCCUCCGCGGCAUCGGCCAAGCCGCUGCUGCUCAAGACGAGGGAAACCGCCAAGCUCGUGCAGAACGAUUGCUGCCGAUGCUUGGUCAUUACCGUCCACUAGUCUGGUCCUCCGAUCCAUUGCGGUGUAGCUGGCCGGUUGCCGAUCAUCGAACGAGAAAAGGGGAUAUUUCAAGAACAACAGAGGUGCAAAUAGAUGAAAAGCGGAACAACCAGCAAGAAGUGGAGCUGGGUUACGAGAUGAAGGCUGAAGGCUUUGAUAACCACUUGUUGAUGGAAGCAAUGGCUGCUUGAUUUUUUUAGAGAAUAACCAACUUGGUCCAAGACCCUAAAUGUUAGAAGACGAGAAAACUAAAGAUCAUCAGAGAUAAAAAGUCAACAUGAAGAAGAUAGCGGAAGCGACCAACAAGGAAAAGCAAUAGAUUCUAUGAAGACUACGUGCAGCAAGAAAUGUCG